AUGGCGUGGUAUAAAUAUUUUUCUGUGGAAGUACCUUUACUUUUUUUAAGUUUCUCCAUGAUAUUACAAGCUUCUAUUGCAACCAAUCUCUUCAUGUACAGAACAUGUUACACUCUGCUGGGUUAUCCAGAAUCCGAUUGCGCCCAAUUAGGAAAUACUGUAAACGAUAUUACUAAAGAAUUAGAACCAAAAGUACAACCAACUGUUAAUUAUAUCAAUAUGGUGCACAAUACAAUUAACAAUAUAUUUCCUGUAUUUGUUUGCAUGUAUGUGGGCACAUGGUCGGACAAAUUUGGAAGGAAGCCAUUUUUGCUAUUAACUAUUUCAGGUAUCAUUUUGAGCAAUAUAAGCAGUACUAUUAUAGUGUAUUUUAAGAACGCUUCAACUUGGUGGUUUAUUGUAUCUGGAUUACCAUCGUUAAUAUCGGGUGGUUUCGCUUCUCAGUUUAUUGUGAUUUCUGCCUAUUUAAUAGAUGUUUCAACAGAGAAAGACCGAGCUAUAAGACUGUCGGCAUUUGAACUGAUCAUGGGAGCUUCCUCUUUUGUUGGGAAUCUGGUAUCAGCUCGCAUAUUAUACGCUACCAGUUAUCAAGCAAUCUUCAUGAUUGCAGUAGGUUUACAAAUUUGUAGUCUCCUUUAUACAAUAUUUUUUAUACCAGAAUCAGUAAAGGCAGAAAAGAAGCUUAAACAGAUACCCAGUUUUAAAGAUAUUUGGGACAACAUUAACUUUAAACAAAUAGUACAAGAGUCGUUUAGGAAAAGAGAAAAAAAUAUCAAUGCGUUUUUAUUUGCAUUUAUAGCAGUAAGCUUUAUAUCCGGUUUUACCAUGGGUGAAAUGCAAGUGAGUUCUUUAUAUUUAAGAGCAAAAUUAAGUUGGACCCUGAGCCAAAUCAAUUUAGUAGGAAGUAUUACAAGUGUUGGAAUGAUGAUUGGAACAAUGUUGGGAACUUUUCUUUUAUACAAAACUUUUAAAAUUAAAGAGUUACCAUUAGCUUUCUUUGCUGUUGUUAUGGGCAUGGCUAGUAGUGUGCUACGUGGGAUAGCUACAAACGAUAUUUAUAUAUAUGUUGCAAACGCUGUAAGUAUUUUUAAUGGAGUGAGUAUGUUGAUGUGGAGGACUGUCAUGUCUUAUAUGCUAAGACCUGAUGAAAUGGGAAAACUAUUUGCUCUUAUGAACAUUCUUCAAAGUUUGGUCAACGUAUUGUCUAGUCUUGCAUAUCCAGCAGUUUAUAAUGCAACUUUAAACACGAACAGUGGAAUAUAUAACUUUAUGAGCUGUGCUGUACAUGGUGUUGUUGCUAUUUCAAUAUUAAUCUUAUCAAGAUUGAAUAUUCCUAAAGUGGAAAUGCCACCACCUGGAACAGCAGAAGAUAAUAAGCCGGAAAUUAGUAUAAGUAUAAACAAUUUUGAAGUUUUAAGUAUUGAUGAGAAACGAGGCAGUAAAAGGAUUAGUUUGCCAAUAGACACCAGGGUUAUUACCGAUCAGCUUAUGUAG